GCAAUAAAUGUAAGUUAUUGUCUUCAAUGUUAUGGAAUUUUAACAUGUAAAUAAAUACUUUUAAGAAAAGCUAAUGUAUGUAAAUGAAUGGUUCACACAGCAGUCAACAUAGACUUGUAAAAGCAAGUGUACCUUGUUUAUGUUUUUAUAUGAUCAGCCAAUGAUAUUGGUAAUUGGUUUUAAUUCGCACCAGUCUUAAAUUAUCCGUGCGUCCAGUUCUGUCCAGUGCCUAUUCAUUACAUUAUACAUGUUAAGCGAGUGAACCAUAGCCAUGUCAUCAAGAAAAAGAAAUCCUUACUUUUCUGAGGCUGAAAUUCAAAUCAUUCUCAAAGAAGGGGAGAAAUGCAAAGGAGUCUUGUUUUCGAAACUUUCGACGGUAACGACAAACAACACAAAAAAGCGAGUAUGGGAGGCAAUUUGCGAAAAAGUCAAUUCCUGCAACUCCUCCGGACAUGCCAGGAAUAUGGAUGAGAUACAAAAGAAAUGGACAACAUACAUGUCAGAAACAAAGAAAAAAGCAGCAAAACAAAGAAGAGAGCUAAAAAAGACUGGAGGAGGACCGCCGCCGGCUGAUCUGACGCCUCUUGAGGAGUCGAUGAUAGGUAUAAUUGGGGACACGACCAUUGACGGAAUGCCUGGGGGUAUUGAUGUUGGAGGGGAGAAAGAACUCGGUACCGCAACCCCCGGUCCAUCCAAUAUGAGCAAAUCAGCUGAUGUACCGGUAGUUGAGGCUGCAUUGAGUCCUAGACUUGAUCACGAGCAGGAAUAACGUAGCAGUAGACUCUCCACUCGUGUUAAACAGCCAGAGGACACUUAUGGAGCAACUAUUUUGCGUUUCCAAGAAGAAUUAAUGCAGAUUGAAAGGGAGAAACUGAACGUUCAGAAGGAACUGCUAGAAAUUGAAAGAGCUAAACUUUUAAUCAAACAACAAAAACAUCAAGUGUACCUCUCCAGCAUGGGGGUAACUUUUACCAACGUUGAAUAAAUUCUUGCAUCAGAUUGACUCUCUGUGUUCGUUCGUUCUUUCUUUUU